AUGGAGUCGUCAUCACAAGCCUGGGCCGGCAAUGGUACGGGUAGCUCAGCGAUGGAUAUAGAGCCCGCAGCGGAACACCAAGGCCGAAGUCUAACAACUCCACGUAUCAUCGUUGACGGGAGGACAAAAUUUGCUAGACUAUACCUUAUCGGAACCUGUUCAAGUUUCCUUGCUGUUGAAGCUUUAAAGAUGGCAGUUGCUGAAGCAAAGUCAGGGAUGGACGUUAGCUGUUAUGAGACUGCGGUUGAGGCGCUCAGCCAAAUUGCCCCGUCCGACAGCGAGGCUGUAUUGGACACUGAAUGGAUCAACAAUACUACGAAAGUCGUCAAGGCCGAUACGAACCGACUGGAACGUGAACUGAAAGGAUAUAAAAACAAUUUGAUCAAGGAGAGCAUACGAAUGGGGAAUGAGGAUCUUGGUAUGCAUUACCAUCGCAUAGGCGAUCUGGCUUCCGCCUCCCAUGCAUUUUCAAGAAUGCGGGACUACUGCACUACUACGUCUCAUAUUGCUUCAAUGCUCUUUAAAAACAUUGUUGUUGCCAUUGAUCGCUCGGAUUGGUUAGCCCUCCAGGCCAAUGUUCAUCGCUUGCGCAGUCUUCAGUUUAAACCGGAAGAUGAACCGAAGUGUAAAGCUAAGCUCUUUGCAUCACACGGCUUAGCACAACUCGCAGCAAGUUCGUACCAUGAAGCUGCAAUAACUUUCUUAUCAACCGACCCAGCCCUUGGUGAUAAUUACAAGGAGGUGAUCUCACCAAACGAUGUGGCGGUUUAUGGUGGUCUCUGUGCUUUGGCAUCCAUGAGCCGAACUGAUCUUGCCAAAAAUGUUCUCGAAAACAAGUCGUUUCGAAAUUUCCUUGAAUUAGAACCCCAUAUCCGUCAAGCCAUUUCAUUCUUUUGCGCAUCAAAGUUUCGGCUCUGCCUGGAUAUCCUAGAGGCUUACAAGGCUGACUACCUUCUUGAUUUGCACCUGCAGAGACAUGUCCGGACGCUGUACAGGCGCAUCAGGACGAAAGCCAUACAGCAACAUAUCAUACCCUACAGCCGUGUCACGCUCGAUGGCAUGGCCAAGGUAUUUGCCCCUAAAGAACAAAUUAGAGAUGAGCAGGGGCAACUCAACCCAAAUGGUGCAUUUGUGUCUGAGUUGAUUGGACUUAUCCAGAGUGAAAUCCUCGAUGCUAGAAUAGAUCUUGAAAAAGGAGUAAUCGUUACCAGCAAACCGCCUGCGAGAGAGCAGCUGCAUGAAGAAGCUCUGGACAGUAUGAGAGAAUACCUGGAAAAUGCACACAUGCAUAUACUGCGUAUCAAUGUGCUGAACGCGAAGUUGGAAGUUCCGGGGGCUCAGGCGUAUGGUAGCAGAGCUGAAGCCGAGGCCAUGGCAGCUCAAGGGGCUGGUCUCGAUGAUCAGGGACAACGAUUUAGUCGGAAGGGUCUUGCAGCGAAAUUAGGGUCUGCAUUUGGUGAUAGUUAA